ACCUCAAAUUUUCCUUUGCUGAGAGCCACGAUUUACGGCAACAUACACAGUCCAUCCUUGCGCAAACCAUCCGAAAUGGCAGAACAGACGAAGCGGCCGAAGUCGUUCGAGGCGCUGACGCCGGAACUGUCAACAUGGAUCCUCGACUACGCUCAAAGCAUGCAGUUUGUGCGCACAACGCCGGUGCAAAGUAUGGCCAUCCCGCUACUAAUGGGGAAUAAAGAUCUGAUUGUCGAGGCGGUAACGGGGAGUGGAAAGACUUUGGCCUUCCUCAUUCCUUUGGUGGAGAGGCUGUUAAAGCUCGACGAGCCAAACAAAAAGGGCUACGUGCGGAGUAUCGUCCUGGCGCCUACCAAGGAGCUCGCGAUGCAGAUUUACGAUGUCGUCCGGGCGUUGCUGGAAUUUCAUAGCCCCUCGAGCGCAAAGCUCAAAGCUCGGCAGCCUUCGCUUGAUGAUGAGGAGGACGAGGAGGCAGCGACUUCAACUAUCGACGAUAUUCCGCCCGGACCGUACAUCAUUCCGCAACUGCUGAUUGGCGGCCGAACGAAAUUAUCCGAGGACAUUGCCACGUUCUCUACUCUCGGACCGAAUGUUCUGAUUGGCACGCCCAAGCGUUUGUCGGAGGUCUUGCAGUCGUCGAGAGUGAUUCUGAAGAGACCUUGGUUUGAUCUGCUCAUUCUGGACGAAGCCGAUCGUCUCUUGGAUCCCAACUUUCAGCCGGAUCUCCAGAAGAUUCUUGAUGUGGUGCCCAAGGAACGAAGAACGGGGCUCUUCAGCGCAUCGGUCUCGGAAGCCUUGGAUGAGCUAGUGAGGGUGGGGAUGCGAUAUCCGUUCAAAAUCAGCGCGAGAGUGCGCAGUAAGACUGGACUUCUGGACAAGCGGACCCCGGAGAGCCUGAAGCUGUGCUACCUCGUGACCAAGGCAACUCAUAAACUGCCGGCUUUCAAGAAGGUGCUCGAGGAACGGCAGGCGGAGAAGAGCAUCGUCUAUGUUUCGACUCGCGCCGGAGUGGACUAUUGGUCGCACGUAAUGCCGACGCUGCUCGGUGUCACUGUCUUCCCAUUGCACGGCGACCACAAGUCUGCUAUCAGGACCAAGAACCUACGACGGUUCAGGGAAUGCAUCAAUCCUGCCGUGCUCCUGACCACGGACGUCCUUGCGCGCGGCAUCGACAUCCCUGACAUCGAUCUCGUGGUGCAGUUGGAUGCUCCCACGCAACCGAAGGAUUUCAUCCAUCGCUGUGGACGCUCCGGACGGGCGGGAAAACGAGGGAUGGCACUGACAUUUCUUAACGAAGGGAGCGAGGAAGACUACAUCAAGUACCUUGACAUCCAAGGCACGAAAGUAGAGCCAUACCCGUCUCCUCCAACAAUCUCAGACGAUGAGGCCAACCAAGCCGUGGAAUCUAUCCGAAGCCUACUCAAGCAGAAACGCGAAUUGCACGACCGGAGUCAGAAAGCGUUCGUCAGCUGGGUUCAAGCCUUUCGCAAGACCCUCCCAACAGACAUCUUCGACAUCGGGAAGGUCGAUUGGGUGGAGAUCGGCAAGUCAUGGGGCCUCCUGAGGUGGCCCAAAAUGCCAGAGUUGAAGCGCUACUGUCCCGAAGCCGUUGCGGAUCGCAAACACGGUCUAGAUGUGCCGGCAGACUACGAACUGGAAGAUUUGAAAUACCUCGACGCCGUCCGCGAAUCGAAACGACAAGAGAUGAUUGCUGCGCGUGCUCGAGGGGAGGUGGUUAAGAUAAGCGCCUUGUCCGGCGGCGGUGACCUUGCGGAUCAGAGACGGCGCAAGGAUCGCGCUUGGAGUGGACAGAAGGAGGUCAAGGCGUUGCGGGACGUCCGGCGCGAUCGCAAGGAGACUCGACGCAAGGCGGAGAAGUUGGGUCGCAUGUCGGAGAGCGAGAAGGCGGAGGCGAUGGAGUUGGAUGAUCUUAUUGCUGCGGUGAGGAAGCAGACGGCUGCGCAGGAGGAGGAUUUCGAGGGCUUUGACGAUUGAUGAGGCGAUGUCUCUGAGUGUGAUAGAUAAGAUAAUUGCCAAUCUGCUGCUCGGUAGUACGAUGCCGUCCAUAUUUCCCCGCUCAGAGCUGUUGUUGUCGGCAAUUCGCCAGGAUCGGCGGCGGAGCUGCAGCAGCUCAAGCAUGCAGCGAGCUUCGCCGAUCAUUUCAAUC